AUUUAUUUGCCGUAUAUGGUAUUGUCUUUUUAGUGCCGUUUCAGCUGAAGCAUUUUACCAUUUCUACCUAGCACAUAAUGGGUUAUUUUAUGCAUAUUGUCUUCUUCACGUUGUCGUUUACCGGCGUUGCGCUUGGUGAAGUAGUUGAGUCGGAGGAGAUAAUACCUGUCAGACUGAGUAUGAGAAAUGCUGAGCAGCCUUGGACUUUGGGACGGAGCGUAGAGCGGCUUAGCUUUCUAUUAAACGCAUUUGGUAACAAAUUCACUAUUCAUUUAAAUCCGGACAGUAACUUUGUCGCCCCAACACUUAAUGUUCAGCACGUUAACUCGAAGCAUCUUUCUGCCCUGCUCAAUGGCACCAAACCUGAGGAUAUCUUCGAAGGUGACAGCGAGUCGUUGGAGAUUGGACAAGACUUUAGAGAUUGUUUUUACUCGGGAACCGUUAACAACAAUCAAGAAUCUGUGGUGGCCGUCAGCUUGUGCCACGGCAUCCAAGGAUCAUUUGUAACGAAUGGCGAUGAAUACUUCAUUCAACCCAAAGAGCAUCGUAAUGAGACCAGCGAAAGGUCAUUUUCGCAGGUGCACGUCAUUAAAAGGAGAGUUUUCCCUGUCUCAAAAGACGCUAUAAAGACUUUGUAUGAUCAUAUUGGAGCUGCCAAACCGCUUGUGUCCAACAGUAGGCCCACUUCGUCCCAUGGAAAGACGGAUGCCAAGGUCACCCAAAGACAGAAACGUUUUGUAUCCUCUGCCAGGUACAUCGAAACCCUGGUGGUAGCUGACUCCACCAUGACAAGUUUCUACGGAGAUGAAAUCAAGCACUACCUCCUGACCAUGAUGGCCAUGGCUGCCCAGAUCUACACCCACCCCAGCCUGAAGAACGCGGUGAGCCUCGUUGUGGUGAGGAUGUUUCUGGUGGAGGAUGAGGAGGAAGGUCCAGAGGUGUCCAGGAAUGGAGGCGUUGCCCUGCGCAGCUUCUGCAACUGGCAGCAGCUGUUCAACCCAACCAGCCAGAGGCACCCUCAGCAUUACGACACAGCCAUCCUCUUCACCAGAAUGGAUAUUUGCGGAAACAAGUGUGACACCCUCGGGGUCGCCGAUAUAGGCACCAUGUGUGACCCCAAGAGAAGCUGCUCUGUUAUCGAGGACAAUGGCCUUCAGGCUGCCUUCACAGUGGCCCACGAGCUCGGGCACGUUCUCAGCAUGCCGCACGAUGAUUCCCGGAACUGUGAGAAGUGGUUCGGGCAGCUUGACGGACACCACAUGAUGGCACCAAAGUUUGUCCACCUCAACAGAACUUUUCCAUGGUCACCUUGCAGCGCUCAAUAUAUCACCGAAUUCUUCGACAAUGGGCAUGGUGACUGUUUGCUGGAUCCUCCUGAGCAGACACUCCCCCUGCCAGUCGAGCCCCCGGGUCACGUCUACGGGCUGGAUCGGCAGUGCCAGCAGGUCUUCGGCGAGGACUUUGGCCACUGCCCAGAUGCCCAGGAGGUCUGCUCCCAGCUGUGGUGCCGCGAGGAGGGUCAGCAGCAGUGCACCACCCGCAACGGAAGCCUCCCCUGGGCCGACGGGACCCCCUGCGGAGGGGAGGGCGGCCUGUGUCUGCGCGGCGACUGCGCGAACAAGACGGAGGAGAGGCUGGAGGUGCCAGUGGACGGAGGGUGGGGCGAGUGGGGCCCCUGGGGUCCCUGCUCUCUGAGCUGCGGAGGGGGUGUCGAGUUCUCCCGCCGAGAGUGCACCGAUCCAGAGCCUCAACACGGUGGAGCCUACUGCAUGGGCCAGAGAGUCAAAUACCAAUCCUGCAACAUUCAGGCCUGCCAGCAGGAGCACGGGAAAAGCUUCAGAGAGGAGCAAUGUGAGAGGUAUAACACCAACCGGUAUUUGGAUAUGAAUGGGAACAUCAAGCAGUGGAUUCCAAAAUACGCUGGCGUCUCCCCACGCGACAGAUGUAAGCUUUUCUGCAGAGCCAAGGGGAGCAGUGAAUUCAAAGUCUUUGAACCAAAGGUCAUAGAUGGCACCACCUGCGGCCCAGACACCACAUCCAUCUGUGUCCAGGGCCAGUGCAUUAAGGCUGGCUGCGACCAGGUCAUUGGCUCCAAUCUAAGAUUUGACAAGUGCGGGAUCUGUGGUGGUGAUGGCUCAUCCUGUCGGAAAAUCACAGGAGCACUGAAUAAAGCCACAUACGGUUACAACGAUGUUGUCACCAUUCCCUCUGGGGCAACCAACAUCGACAUCAAACAGCGUAGCCACCGUGGAAUCAAACACGAUGGCAACUAUCUGUCUAUAAAGAAAGAGGACGGGCAGUUCAUCCUAAACGGCAACUUCUCCGUCUCGACGUCGGAGCAGUACAUCUCGGUCCCCGGGGCCGUGCUCCGCUACAGUGGCUCCUCGACCACGCUCGAGCGCAUCCUGAGCUUCCAGAAGCUUCAGCAGGCCAUCGCGGUGCAAGUCCUGUCCACGGCGGGAGACGAGUCUCCCCCGAGAAUCAAGUACACCUUCUUCCUCCCCAGAGACGUUCCCUUCGCCAAGGCGCCCAGCUCCGACCGGGUGUCCCCGCACAUCCUCCUGCCCUUCGGGGGCGACGACUGGGUGCUGGGCGAGUGGUCCGAGUGCUCCAAGACCUGCGGCUCGGGCUGGUCACGCAGGAGCGUGGAGUGCAAGGACGGGGCGGGAUCCCCGUCCUACUUCUGCGACGUGGACCUGCGGCCAGCCGACAUCCGGCCCUGCGCGGACCUGCCGUGCCCCGUGUGGCAGAUGGGCCCGUGGUCAGCCUGCUCGCGGACGUGCGGGUCCGGAGAGCGCCACCGAAGCGUCCUCUGCCUGGACUAUACCGGGAAGGCGGUAGACCCAGGGUUGUGUAAUCCAGACAAGAGGCCCAAGUCCGAUCCGGUAGAGUGCUUUUACCAGGACUGCUGAGUCUGUGUGUGGGACUGUGUGUGUGUGUGAGAGAGAGGGAUGGGCCUGAUAGAUGCGCAAUGCAUAGCAAAUGUAGUGAACAAACUUCUUCCCUUUCCCUUAACCACCUGACCUUGUUGCACAGAUCAGCAGGGAACCUUUAGCAUAGAAAGGGAAUGGAGAGGUCACUUAUCAAAAGUAGCCAGGAUUUCCAUUCUGGUCCUAGAAAUGAUGCCUAUAUCAACGAUUAACUUAACUUCAUUUGUUGAUAAUUUCUUUGAUGUUGCCUUGUUAUUAUAACCACUAUUGAAGUUUCUCCCUCCCCUAGAGAUCUACCUCAAAUGAUAUACCAGUUUAAUACUCUCUUUAAUGGUUGUUGGUAGAAGAUACUGUCUAUAUUUAUCCUUUCAACAAAGGAACGUAAAUCUUGCAAAACAAACAUACAUACAUAAACAAACAAACAAACAAACAAACAAACAAACAAACAGAAAUCCUGCUGAGACUCCGCUGGACUUGUUGAGUACCUGCUAAUCCACAAAGCAUCGUCUCCUGGGUUAGUUUAAUCACUCCACACUGAACAGGAUCAAGGCUCGGUGGCUGCCUAAAAGCUGACAGAACACUAUUUAUUUUCAUCGAUCUUUUCAGAAUAAAAGAUCUAAAUACUUAUACUUAUUGUGAAGAGUCCAAACAAUGAUGACGACCACUUUUUUGUUAACAAGGGAAAACAAUGUAUAUCUGAUUGGUAUGUAAUCAUGUCAGUGAAUGUUGAGUAAUCAUGCUAGUGAAUAAUGACAUACUCUGAUCAGAUAAAGCCAGAAACUGUAUGUACAGUGAUGGGGAGCUACCACAGAGAAAGCUGGUGAAUCAAACUCGCAGAAUCUUGAACAUUUCACUAAUUCAGGAACACUGGAUCACCUUUUGGAAUACAACAAUACUCCUCCGUUGAACAGAGAUAUUGUUACACCACACACAUCUAACACAAAGCUAUUCAGUAGGGUUAAGCUGAUGUAUCAAUGUACCAAUUCAUUUGCCAGUUUGUUUUUCAUCACACCACGAUCUGAGGUAACGAUUACCAGAUCACAGAACAUGACUUUUCUGGAGAAAAGGAAGGCCUUGUUUGGUUAUAUUUUCGUAUUGUAAAGAAAAAUGUCAAAAACAGUUUCCAUGUCAGCACGAACAAUGUGUGUAUUUCUACUGUUUGGGUUGAUCCUUAUAGUAAUGUAAUUCACACAUUAUAGCCUACUUCAAACAAUUAAGAUACAGCAAUUUCUUUUUUGUUUUACUUACCCCAUAGACACAUCGAUUUCUUGUAUUUGUCAAAUAGGCCUAACUCUAACACAGUUAGACCGUUAGAGUUGUAUGCAACCAGAAGGGUACAGUCACCCUUGACUUGUAGAUAAAUAUUUAAUGAGAGAAAAAGACUUAGUUCUACCAUUGCGUUGAAUGACGAUGUAGAAACCAUGAUUAACUAUGAUACGUAGGCUAAGCAUUGAGACAGCAUCACUAUGGCAUUUAAUGUUAGGGAUGAAACAAGACUGACCUAUAUAUCUUUUAUAUGUGAGUGUUAUGGCAUUCCAGGUGUGCAAAUGGGGAGAUUUUUGUUAUAUAUGUAGAUCUGAAACGAAAGCAUUCUAUCCCUUCAAUGAAGGUCUGUACAAUGCUAUUGUUAUAGCUUCCUUUUAAGCUAUUUAUUUUUUUCUACCUUCGGACAUCUAUUUGUUACAUUUUCUUGAUGCUGCUGUCUAUUCAGAAUUGUUCAAAAUGAGAUCAUAAAUUAAAAAUAUGUCUCGACUGAAGAUAUUUUUUCAACUUCCUUUAUCAAAAUUGUCACAAAUAUUUGGAAUUCUUCACUGUCAAUAAUAAUAAUAAU